CUGGCUCUGAUGGUCAGUCAAUGAGAGCUUCACAGAGAAAACACACAGAGACUGAAGGCAGAGACAGAAAGUCAUCACAGGGGGAAAAUCCCUGAAGGAUAGGCGGGAGGAAAAAAACCGACCAGCAAAUGUCUGAUGAAACAAAGAGACAGCAGCCGACAGAGAUCCAUUGAACCUGCAGGGAACGAGCGACGAAUCAAAUCUGAAAGUCUUGGAAACAAUCAGCUUCGGUUCAAACGUACAAACUGCUUAAAUCAGCUCAGAUUCGCUGAGCAGACCAACAGUACCUGAGGGAGGAGUUUCACAGUGUUCCCCCUCUAUACCAGCUCCAUCCACAGCAAUGCUUCCCACCUUCCCCUCCCCCCUCCUCCUCCUCCUCCUCCUCCUGGCUGGUCCUGCCCUCAUGACUUCAUCAGCCUCCCAGGAGUUAGAGGUCAGGGGUCACAGGACACCAAGGGAUACCAAGCAGGAUACAAUCAAGGUCGUGAUCUCUGAGGGUUGCACUCAUGGUGAUUCAUCUGAUGGGAGCCAAGGAGGUAAAGAGAUUGAUCUGGUCCCUGGUGCUCCUCUGGUCCUGACCCAUAAGAUCAAAUUGGUUCCGUCGGGUUUUGGGUCUGGUUCUGGAUCGUGUGGCUGCGAGGCGGACUUUGCUGCCCUGCGGGAGCGUCUGGAGAGGCUGGAGAGGGAGGUGUCGGCUCUCAGGGAGAAAUGCGGAGGACCUGAAGGAGGCUGCUGCACCUCCAAGGAGAGCAAAGGUGCUGGAUGCUCCAUGAAACCAAAAAUGGACGAAUGUCCCAAUGAGUGCAGUGAUCAGGGUCGCUGCGUGGAUGGCAAGUGCGUUUGCUUCCCUGGUUUCAGCGGGCCGGACUGCAGCGACUCCAACUGUCCAGGAAACUGCAACGACAAAGGAAGGUGUGUGAACGGACAGUGUGUGUGCGAUCCUGGCUUCAGCGGUCCCGACUGCUCGCAGAGAGGUUGCCCCGACAACUGCAACAACCGAGGCAGAUGUGUAAACGGUAAAUGCGUAUGCGAUAGCGGUUUCACAGGACCCAGCUGCUCAGAUGAAUCCUGUCCUGGAAAUUGCAACAACAAGGGGCGCUGCGUCAACGGACAGUGUGUGUGCAAUCCUGGAUUCACUGGUCCGGACUGCUCAAAGAAAGCCUGCCCUGACAACUGCAACAAUCGUGGAAGGUGUGUGAACGGUAAAUGUGUGUGCGACAGCGGCUACACUGGUGCUGACUGCUCUGAGAUCUCUUGCCCAGGUAACUGCAACAACAGGGGGCGCUGCGUUAACGGACAGUGUGUUUGUAAUGAUGGAUUCACCGGUUUGGACUGCUCCGAAAGAACGUGCCCUAAUAACUGCAACGAUCGCGGCAGGUGUGUGAAUGGUAAAUGUGUGUGUGACAGUAGCUUCACUGGCGAUGACUGCUCUGAGAACUCCUGCCCAGGUAACUGCAACAACAAAGGGCGUUGCGUUAACGGACAGUGCGUCUGCAAUGAUGGCUUCACUGGCCACGACUGCUCUGAAAAAGCUUGUCCCAACAACUGCAGCAACCGUGGGAAGUGUGUAAACGGGAAGUGUGUUUGCGAUGUGGGCUUUGCCGGACCAGACUGCGCCGCCAAAGGUUGUCCCAGUAACUGCAACAACAAAGGACGGUGUGUCAAAGGAAAGUGUGUCUGCCGGCGUGGCUUCACUGGACCGGACUGCAGCCAGUGUGAGGAGGGGAUGACAGGACCCAACUGUGAUACUGCCAUGUCAGGUGUUCCCCAGCUGAACACCAGAGAGAUCACAUCCACAUCCGUCACUCUGAUCUGGACUCCACCUCCUGUCCAGUAUGACAUCUACCACAUCACCUUUACCAGUCAGAAAGAGAGUGACCAGAAGAUAACGGUGCAGGUGGAGGGCAGCUUGACCACCUUCACCCAGACGGGCCUGGCAGCUGGUCAGGAAUACAUCGUCAGCAUCACCGGAGAGAUUGGCGGCAGAAGGGGAGCCGAGAGCUCGACCGAAUUCACGACCUUAAUCUCUGGUCCCACAAAUCUCCACGUCGUCAAGACGACCUCCACGUCUGCGGUGGUCCAAUGGGAGCAGUCGCAGGGUGAGAUUGACAGGUACCGUAUGACUGUGUCGCCCAAAGACGGAGUAGGGAAGAGUCAGGAAAUGACCUUCCCUCCUGGCAGAGACUCUGCCCACAUCCAGCAGCUGGAGGCGGGGCGUCUGUAUGACAUCACACUUGUGGCAGAAAAAGGCAGAAGUCAGAGUGAACCUACGUCCACUCAGGCAGUUCCUGGGAAAACAUUACCAAAGGUUACCAUGGCAGCUGCGACCACGCAGGUCACACCAGCACCAGGACAAGAAGAUGGCGAUAGAGACCAAGAGUUGAACACUUCUUCUGAAAAUCAAGACUUUGACCAAAAGAGGAGGAAGGAGGAUGGGACUGACUCUGUAAAAGACGGGGGUGUCAUUGGUCUUAACAGAGACCACUCAGCCACUGUGAUUGCCAGAACUAAACCUCUGGUCAGCAGAAAAGAUGGCGCCAAGCCCGUACUUGCUGAAAGGCCUGCAUUGUCCGGUAAGCCAAAUGUCCCAAACUUUUUGCGUUUCAAUGCAAGCAGAGUGGGACCUGGAGGUAGAAAGGUUGGCCCUGGCACAAACCCCCUGCAAGGAGAGAGGAAGAAGCUCUUUUUAGCCAAAAGACCUAGACUGCUUGGUCCCACUGUAAGAGACAGGACACCAGAGGAUACAGCUUUGACUGUGAGAGACCCUAGUGUAGAUGCAUCGAGUACUGAGAGGAGGGAAGACAAAAAUUCAGCUAUAAUGUCUGGAACCGAUUCAGGAACCAACUCGGAGGAACCAACUGUUGCUCCUGGCACACAAAAGCAACCAGAUGUUGGCACAGAAGUCCAGAGAGGUGAUGCUGAUCCAGUGUCUUCAGAGCCAACUGGGGCUGGUCAAAGCCAUGAGAAGAAAUGUAUGAAUAAAAUUAAAGUGACACAUAUCAGAUUACCCCUUAAGGACAGGAGCAGUGGAUGUAGAGGGGAUGGAACAGUGCUGGAAGGAAAAACUACGUCAGACCCACAUCAGGGCUCUUCUGAAACAGAUGAUACACCACUGGAAAAUCAUUUUGAUUUGACGCCAUUGUCCCCAGAGACUGAUCCCAAUUAUUCACCUGAUCCUUUACAUAAAAUCCUCACAGACACUUUUGAAAGUUUGAAUAUCACAACAUUUUCUGUUCACCUGUCCAAACCUGCAGACCUUUCUGAUGAUGCAGCAAAAGUGAGGAACCAUAUUUUAGGAGGACUGAGACCACUGUCACCAUCCUCAUUAUCUCAGUCAGCCUCAUCAACCUCACAAUCAUCAUCCCUGCCAUCAUCUUCAUCAUCAUCAUCUUCAUCUGAAGAAUCAACGUCACUCACUUCAUCUUUAACAUCAACAGCAGCACCAUCAUUAACAUAUUUAAUCUUGUCAUCUGCCUCAUUAUUACCAUCAUCACCAUCAUCACUACCAUCAUUAUCUCCAUCACCUUCAUCAUUGUCCUCUUCUAGUUUAGAAAAAUCUGAUCCAGGGGAAAGCAAUGAAGCAGAUAUAGCUACUGACGAAAGUACCCCUAGCUUGGCAUCACCAGAAGAUCGAAAAGUACCCCCCAGAGAAAGUGGCAUACCUGUUUUCCGUCGCACACAUCCAAAACGUCGCCCACACCAAAACAUGGUACACUUUCUAAACCGAACCCGACUUAAUUUGAAAGCUCCUUACCAUUCUGGUUCACCUCUGAACCUCAUCCCUACAAGAGCGACAGAAACAAUGCAUACCCCUGCAAGUGAGUUAUCAUUGUCACCAUCUUCAUCUGCUCCAGAGGAAUCAUCUUCUGUUGAAGUAAAUGCACCAGUUAGUGAUACAAGUGCAGACAAAGAUGAAGCAACUACCCUUACAUCCUCAGGAGCUGAACAAAACCAGAAAAAAACGCCAACAAAAGGAGGAAGACUCCCGAUUCGUCGUCUUCCUUCAAAAUUGGGAAACCGGCGUCGCCCAAAUGGACCUUUUCAGAACCAAACUCGCCCAAACUUGAGAGUCCAGACUCGCCCUACUCAACCUUUAAAUCAUGCAAUGGAAAGUGGUACAGACCCUAUUUCUCCUAAUGAAUCACCAGCCCCCUCAUCACCUCCUUCCAGUACUAAAGAAAAAUCUUAUGUUGGGCCUUUCCAAAACAGAAACCGUACAUACCUGAGACCACCUCAUAUAAGUCCCAUUCCUAAGCCUUUACCAACGAGAAAGCCAAAUGGAAACGUUGGCAUUAGGGGAGGUCAAACUAUCCAGUCAGCAAAGGAGAAUACCCCUGAAGUCCCAGUUGACCCAUCUGGAGAGCAGGGUGACAGCAGACCUACCCAAGAAGUCAAAAUUAGACAAUCAGACCCUGUAGGGGACAAUGAUCUGACUCAAACUAUCAAAUCUGGGGAAGAAGAAACCCAGACCCCAGAAUCUAACUCUGACUCUGGCAUUCAUAAAGAGCGAGUCAAUGCUGCCAAAAAUACUGGCACUGCAAUUCAAGGUAGACCAGUUAUCAAGCAAAAAAUCACACUUCCAAAGAGACAACCACCAACUAGAAGAAUAACAGCACACAGCACGCCGAUGAGAAAUAUUGGUGGGAGCCAUAGGGUAGGGGAUCCAAAAGCAAAUCAUACUGCAAAACAUGAGUUUGACAGUAAAACUGAACAGACAGGAAGCGAUAGUUCCAAAUCUCCAAAGGAAUCAGAUGUCUCUUCUUCUGGAGUCAAAAGGGAACCUCUGGACUACGUGGGAGUGACGAACCAAACCUCAGAUGGAUUUACAGUUAUAUGGGAUGCACCUGAGGGGAAAUAUAAAAACUUUGUGGUGACCAAGAAAGAAUCUGGAAAAGAUGAAGAGCCAAAGGAGGAGGAAAGCAGGAAAGAACUGGAAGAAGAAGACUCUGAGAAAGAAGAUGGCAAAGAAGAUGCUGAAAAUAGAAACACUGAAAAUGAAAACAGAGUACUUGAAAGUGUGGGCACACAGAUACCAACCAUCCAAAGCAUCAAAGAAGUCAAACCUGCCACAGAAAGUGACAAGAUUGUUCUUCCUGGUUCAGCACGCUCCUUCCAGUUUGAGGAUCUGCCUCCGCAGAAAGAGUACACUGUGACCUUGCUUGGAAAGGGCCCUGGCCUUCUGUCCAGACUGCACAAGCUUGUCAUCAGUACAGGCCCGGAGCCUCCGACCGACAUAACCUUCAGUAAAGUUACAGAAACAUCUCUGACGGUGUCCUGGACCAAACCCAAUACACCCGUCAGUGGUUUCAAGAUCACAUACACACACACUGAGGAAGGUGAGCCGGUGUCAGUGUCCGUGGACUCGAACAAUUCUUCUCUCGGCCUAUCAGAGCUCUCUCCUGGCUCCUCAUACGAGGUCAAUGUGAUCUCCAUCCUUGGAUUGGACGAGAGCGACCCCAUCAGGGAAUCUGUCAGGACACGACCUGACGCUCCUACAGACCUGAAGGCCAUAAACGUCACAGACACCAAGGCCUUGUUGUUAUGGCGUCCAGCUUUGGCCGCCAUUGAUAAAUACACCAUUGUUUACAGCUCAGGGAAAGAUUCACCGUUGACGAUCACAGUGUCUGGAAACGCAGCGGAGCAGCAGCUGAGCGGUUUGGAAGGAUCCACCACCUACACCGUCACCAUAACCAGCGAGUUGGGCAGCCAGAAGAGCUCAGCAGCCACCACCAGCUUCACCACCGACAGCGGCUCUGGAAAACUACGUGACCUCAUGGCCAGCCAGGUAACCCCUCGCACCGCCGUGUUGACAUGGAAACCACCCUCAAAGCUUUUGGGGAGCUACAAGCUGACCUAUCAGACAGAAGGUGGAGAAAUGAAGGAAGUGAUCGUGGAUGCCUCAGUAAGAGAGUACAAGCUGACUAAGCUUCAUCCUGGAUCCAAGUACAAUGUACAGCUGCAGAUGGAGGGAGGAGGAGGCUCCAUCUCCACUGACUUCACCACUGGUACCUUACGGUUCCCCUUCCCCACCGACUGCUCCCAGGAGCUGCUGAACGGCAUCACGACAUCAGGCGAGGUCGAGAUUUUCCCACACGGGAAACUCGGGGCACCGAUGAUGGUUUACUGCGACAUGGAGACAGACGGAGGAGGCUGGACGGUCCUCCAGAGGAGGAAGGAUGGCUCGGUGGAUUUCUUUAAAGGUUGGAAGGAGUACGUCAAAGGAUUCGGAGAUCUGAGUGGAGAGUUCUGGUUGGGUCUUGACAGUCUCCACAACCUGACAACGAUGACCAAGAUGAAUCUGCGUGUCGACAUGCGUGAUGGAGAUGAGUCGGUGUACGCCAAAUACUCGACAUUUGAGGUUGCCAAGAGGAACUACAGACUGACGGUGGGCGGAUACAGCGGCACUGCAGGCGACUCCUUCAGUUACCACAACAAUCGAGUCUUCUCCACCAAGGACCGCGACCCAGCACCGUUCAUCACCCGCUGUGCCAUGUCGUACCGCGGCGGCUGGUGGUACAAGAACUGCCACGAGGCAAACCUCAACGGCCUGUACGGCAUCGAUGUCAAACACCAGGGUGUGAUCUGGACCAGCUGGAAAGGAAAAGAGUUCUCCAUCCCGUUCACUGAGAUGAAGAUGAGACCAGCAGCCUUCAGUCCUCCGACCAGAGGAUGAGAGGAUGACACAAGAUAAUGAACUGUUAAACAUGUGUUGGACAACACGUGAACAAACACACACACGCGAGAUGAAGACGUAUUUUUUCAUUUGUAUAGAGGACAGUUAUCAGUAUGUUACUGUAGAUUGUACAGUUUUCAUGUUUUUAUCAUGUUUUUAAAGCAGGGCUGCUCCAACUCUCUAUAUUUAAAGGGUCAUUUCACCCCAAAUGACAUAAUAACAAAGUAUUUCAGAUCAUUCUGGUUUCAUGUGCUGAUAUUUUGAUAUAUCUGAACUUCUACCCCAAUAUAAUGUAAGAUGUAUACAUGGCUGCUGUUUGCAGCACUUUUGUCAAUGUUUCUCUUUUAGUUGAUUCAGAGGUGAUUUUCUUUCUGUGCACGCAGGAUUUUUAUUGUUUUUGAUGUAAAUAAAAAUCACACUACA